UCUGAAAAUAACUUGCGCGGGGAUGCCGCCGCUAUAAAGUUUUAAGGGAAAAAAACAAUAGUCUCUCUCAUUCGAGUUUUAGUCAAAGAGCUGCUUGCCUUAGCUCAUAGAUGGCGGAGGAGGUUUUGAUAGAUCCAGGGAAAACCAGAGGGCAUCUAACCUCAUCCCUGUUGGCAGUAGCAUUUCUGUCUUCUUUCGGGAGCUCCAUGCUCUAUGGUUAUAACUUGGCUGUGGUUAAUUCUCCCUCACAGUACAUAAAGGACUUUUUUAAUCAAACCAUUGUGAGGCGGCAUGGGUCAGGAGUGGAUGAAGAGACUCUCACACUUAUGUAUUCAUUCACUGUGUCUAUAUUUGCCAUUGGAGGGUUGGUGGGUUCCCUGACAGUGAGGAUGCAGGUCACCAGAUUUGGAAGGAAAGGGACACUGGUACACAGCACAGUUUUGGUGUUUAUCGCUGGCGUUCUGAUGGGCUUCAGCCGGUUAUGUGGAUCUCCAGAGAUGAUCAUUGUUGGGCGCUUCAUCACAGGGAUACAUUCAGGAAUAGCUCUCAGUGUGGUGCCCAUGUAUCUGGGAGAAAUUGCCCCAAAGAAUCUUCGGGGUUUUCUGGGACUCGUACCCAGCAUCUUCAUUUGUAUCGGAGUGUUUAUUGCACAGAUUCUGGGACUUCAUGAGCUGUUGGGCAAGGAAGAGCAUUGGCCUCUUUUCUUCUCUCUAGUCGUGGUUCCUACAUUUAUACAGCUCAUGUUAUUGCCAUGGUUCCCGGAGAGUCCAAGAUACCUGUUGAUAGAAAAGAGGAACAUCCAUGCCACUAUCACAGCACUGAAGUGGUAUCGUGCUAAGGGUAACAUCCAGGCUGAGGUGGAGGAGAUGCAGGAGGAACAGCGCUCUUUAUCCUCAGUGGAGACUGUGUCAGUCUUGCAGCUCUUCAGGGAUCCGUCUGUUCGCUGGCAGCUUGUCACAGUCAUUGUUGUCAAUGCUGGGAUGCAGCUGUCUGGAAUCGAUGCGAUCUGGUUCUACACUAAUGACAUCUUUGAGAACGCUGGCAUUCCUUUUGAUCAGAUUCAGUACACAACUGUAGGCACUGGAGCCAUUGAGGUCAUCGCUGGGCUCAUAGGGUGUUUUGCUAUCGAGCGAGUGGGUAGAAGGCCCUUGAUGAUUGGUGGUUUCACUUUCAUGGGUCUGUGCUGUGCUGGAAUCACCUUCUCUCUCUUAUUAGAGGCUCAUUUAUCCUUCAUGCGGUACAUCAGUGUGGCCUGUGUGGUGGGAAUCAUCGCUGGAUUCUGCAUAGGGCCUGCUGGUGUCCCGUUCCUCAUGACAGGAGAACUCUUUAAACAAUCCUAUCGACCCUCUGCCUACAUUGUAGGAGGAUCUCUCAACUGGAUAUCAAACUUCGCUGUAGGAUUUGUCUUUCCAUUCCUUCAGAUGUCAGCUGGUGCGUUCUGUUACCUGGUGUUUUGUGGUGUGUGUGUCGGUGUGGCAGCCUACGUCUUCUUCAUCAUCCCUGAAACGAAGAACAAAACCUUCUUGGAGAUCAGUGAGCUGUUCGCCUUAAGAAAUGCUUGUGAAAUUGAAAACCAGUCGCUGGUAACCAGUGCCCAACUCGCUCUCAAAAAGAUGAAUGGUUAUGGAGCACUGGUAACUGUAGUAGAUGUGGACAAAAAGGAGAAGACAGAGACAUAAUAGUGAAGAAAGAGGGGAGUAUUGCUUCAAUGAGGACCAGAAUUGACAGCAUAUAUACAGGCUCUAAUUUAAUAUUUUAUUUAAAAAAUAAUAAUAAUAAGUGCAGACUGCUAUGGUUGAAUGCAAUAUAACUAUCAGACUGAACAUGAUCAAACAUUGCUAUUAAAAAAAGAUUAAAUAAAGGUUUGUCUUUUGAUUUGAUGGACUAUU